AUGAAUUUUGCCACCAGCAACCCCGGCGACGAUACAAGUCCAGAUAGAAGAGCGCCAGAUCACCCCAAUCCCCAACGAGACCCAACAAAUUCACAAGAGCAUCCAGAGCCGCAACCAAGACUCCACAAAGCUCACUUUGCAAAGGCAAUAAUACCCUCAUCAUCACAUUCAUCCUCAGAUCGCAUUCCCAUGCCUUCAUCCUUAGAGACUAUCCAAGACAACAACCAAGCACUAAACUCGCCACUCCCUACCCCAGAAUCAGCCCGAGCAGCAGAAAAAGCCAGGCGGAAGGAGAUCCGCCAAGCAUGGCACUUCUUGAACAACGCACGAUCCGACGAAACUCCAUUCCACCUUGGCUCUCUCCCCUCUUCAUGGUCUACCGAAGAAGACAAGGACCACGAGUACCAGGGAAAGACCACCACAGAAGAAGAGACAUCGCAUCACAUCGUUGGGCAACUCAACGAUAACGUCGAUAUCACAGACAACAACAUAGAAGAACCAGAUCCAGAGCCAGAAAGCCACUUCAGUCAGUCACACUCCAUCUCGUCUUCCGCCUUUGCAUCCCAAGAACAGCCGUUGGAGCCAGCCAGUGAUAUGAGCUUCGAUGGUGCAUAUUAUGAGCAUAUCGAAGCCCGGGAACAACCAGAGGCUCAGGCAGCGGCCUCUUCAUCAACAGAUGCCCAGGUGGCCAAUACCCUAAAGAGAAAUAGCAGUUCGUCUCGAGUACGGAGAGCCGCGUAUCUAGCUGCUAAAGCGGAUAGUUACGAGGCCUGGGCGUCGAUGGGGCUUGUUUCGGCGGGGGAUAAUCACACAGAAGAGGAGAUUGAGCUGUGA